AUGAAGAGAGAUGAGGCGACGGUUUCGAAUCAAAACCAACAGAACUUGUCCUCGUCUUUGCCAGGAGAAACGACGACGAUGAAAAUUUCUGACGCGCUAAAAAAACUGGACUGUUUAUACCUGCUGGAUGCGUUCGAAGAACGAGACGUGAGAACUGUUUUGGAUUUGGAAAAUGUGUUGAUGGAUAAGUUACUGGUGUCUUCGUCGGAAGUAAAAGAAGAAGACGACAGAGAAGAAGACAAAGACAUCGAAGAAGAAUAUAUGAAAAAAGAAGUCAUCGAGUUCAUCGCGGAGGAAUUCUGCUUCGGAGAGAUGAAAUACGCGGAAAAGAUACUCGAGGAAACGAAGAAAGAACUGAUGACGAGAAAACGGAACUUUAACGAGGAAAAGAAAGAAAAAGACACGAGAACGAUGACAUUCGGCCGGAUGUAUUCAAAGACAUUCCUCGCAAAAACGACAAGUUUAUACGACAUGCACAUGGGCGCGGAGAAUAUGGGCCCGUUUUUGUACCAGUUGUGUAGGUUUACGAAACCAGAAAACGUGUUAGAGAUUGGCGCGGGGUACACGUCCGUGUAUUUGAUGCAAGCGUUGCGAGAUAACAAAAAGGAGAUCGAGGUGUACGAGCGCAUGCGGGAGGAACACUCGUGCGUCGUGAGAAACGAAAACCCGAACGGUAAGGACACGCCGUGGUCGAACGAGGCAUAUUUUAGCAGAAAGAGUGAAAAAAGGAAAACCAGAGAGACGUACGAGCCGCAGUUACACGUCGUGGACAACAUGGCGCACGCUCAUACGACAGCGCACUUGGUCAAAGAGUGCUCGGAAGAGUUGAACGUCGACGAUGAAGAAAACAACUUUUUAGUCGUACACGAAGCCGACGCAUUCAAUCCAGACUUAUCCGCCACGUUAGCCCCGGGUGUUCAGUUUGAUUUCUUAUGGAUAGAUUUAGGCGCGGCGAAUAGAAUAGAGACGUUUUUGAAGAACUUUUGGUUUCGCGUGAAACCGGGCGGGUACGUCGCGGUGCACUCGACGCUGACGAAUAGUUUAUCCCGAGAGUGGUUGGAAAAAAUGCGCAUGUUGGCUCGAAACGGAGGUAAAAAUGCAGACGGAAGCGUAUCUGAAUACGGCGUCUUCGAAACCAUGUCAUUUUUAGAACCGCACAAACUGUUUCAGAACUCGUUCACCAUUUUCCAACGAAGAGACGCGCAUCCGAUCGAUUCGAGCGAGUACGCAGAACCAGUAUUGACGAAGUUUCCGUAA